AUGAGGGAACGUUGGUUUAAACAUUUGCUGCAGCAAGUUCGAAAAGUCACAACCCCUUCUUUCGAGAAAUCGAAAGCAAUCCGACCAAAAAUGAUCACGGAACGUCUGGUGCCGCUGACGCGUAAGCUUGAUACACCAGAAUUUCGGGCUCUUUUUACGCCACAACUCAUCAAGCUCAAUGAUCUCUUCCGCAAAAAUGACUUCCAGCUAAGGAUGGCCGGUGGCGCAGUUCGCGAUUUGCUAAUGGGCAUCAAGCCAUCGGAUGUCGAUUUUGCAACGGAUGCUACACCUGAGCAAAUGAAAGUUAGUACCUGA